UUUGUCGUCAGUCGUCGAUUAACUGGCCGUUGUUGAGAGGUUUUGCCAGUUGGGACGAGUUCUAGUGGCCGUUGCCGUUGUGGAGAGGUUAAAAUAAGAGCGAAUGUAUGAACUGUCCGGCGGGACAUAAAAACUGACCGUCGUAGAGGAGUAGCCGUUAGUGGAGGUUCGACUGUAUAAAUGUUUUGUUCUCUAUUACAGCUGAAUAACGCUUCGAACAUCAAUAUAGAGUUGUAAUCGAGAAUUUACUCGAUUAAAUAAACUUUUCACGCAUUUUUAUAUUGUGUAACUUUCAACGCAACGUUUAGCUUCAUCGCUCAUCGCUCAUCCGUGAAGGAUAGGCGGAACUUGUUAGCGGAGCGUGGACUUGAUGACAAACAAGUCCCUAAAUAUGUUGUGAGCAAUUGUUAUCAACAACAAGACCUGCAGCUAAGGUUGCUAACCAUUGUAACAAAGAAUGCAACGUCAUCCCUGACUUAUAAUGCAUUCAAGUUGAACUAAGAGUUAUUAUAUUAUUGAUGAUUGUCUGUUAAUUAGAGCGGGCAACUUUGCACGUAACUUGUGAAUGACACUUCGAUUAGAGUUGAAUCAUUCCAAGAAUAAAACAAAAGAUACUUGCACUGUAAGGUCAAACACAAUAUCGUACACAGUUUUUGUGUUUUUUUGUAUUUCACUUCAGUCACUUAAGUCGCCCUGAAGUUUUAUUUGUUCAAGACUUUUGAAAUGUAUUGCUGUAUUAAAUAUUCCGUUAGUCCGUUAUGUUAUUUCUCCUGCUCCGUUCGAAAAAGUGUAGAAAAACUAAAUAGGAUAAUCAUCGUGAUUUUCUGCCCGAGCACGAAACAUGUUCUGUGUUUAUUCUUUAUUUAUAGUUAUUUAUCUUUUACCGAGCUGGGUGUAACGAACUUAUACAAUGGACUCCUCGCGCAGCUAGCGGGUGGUAUCUUCUUUACGCACAAACAUAACCAUAUAUGAUCUACAUGUAUGUAUAUAUCACUGAAAGGUCUUCUUCGGAAUGCAAUCGUUUGACCUCUUCCGAGAGAAACAGCACCCUUAUUUUUUAUUACCACCUCGCGUGUUUGAGCUUUAACUUUGGAAACAAAUUAAUUCCACAAACUUCAUCGCCCGAUUUGCAGGUGGUAAAAUUCUGUUUGCUUUUUUUCCGGCUUAAGCGAAUCUUGAUAAUUACCUACCAUGCUUUAUAGAGACCUCACAACAACCUCAUUGUGUAGAUGGUUAUCUCGAUAUUUAUAAUGCAAAUGCAAGAAAUAAGGCAAUUGUUUUUCUUGUUUUUUUUUUUUUUUUCUGAAAUGAGAUUCAAAGAGGUUUGAACAGCUGUAAAGAUAGUUUUUGUUUUGGUUUGGUUUUUUUCAUUUUAUUUUUGCAGAGGAGAACUUUUGAAUUGGUUGAAAAGGUUCCGUUGAAAACAGUUCGCCAUCUUUCUAAAAGUACUGUUUGUUAUAAUGUACCCUCGGAAUUCUGCUUUUGUCAUUCGAAAGAUGACAACUGGACGCCAUUGACUCGUCAUAUACUUAGUUUUAAUUACAUGGACCCUCAGCGAUUCUUUUACAUGUUAAUAAGGCUGUGAAAUAGUCCUCAGGGAAAUUACAACUCGAGUUGGCCACGAGUUUAACAGUGCGGAAAACCCUGGUCUAUUCUGACGAAAAUAAAAGUGUUGAUACAUCACGAGAGGUGAAUAAGCGUGUUAUCGGAAACAACACAUGGUGAAUAUGGGCCCAUUCAGGUGUGGAGCCAGACAGUUUACUUAUAAUGUUAUGCAUGUUAAUUAAAGAGCGACCUUGGUAUCUCGAAUCGAUCAAAAAGCAAUCUUCUGUUGACCAUUGGUUAUCAGCAUACCUUAUCAGGCCAGUGAUCGCCAGACAAGUUUGUUGUUGGCGUUUUCUCAGAGAACGCAAAGACACACAGGUCUGUGAACAGCUGGAGUUCGCGGAGAAACAAGUUCCUAAAACGAUGCUACCCCACCAUUUAAACGCAAGACGCUGUUGUCUGUCGAUUGUGCCGCUCGUAUUGACGUUAGUAGCGAUGGACUACCGGGGUUGUCAUGCUCAGUUAAACCAGACAAAAAUUGAACAAACUCUGAUAAAGGCGUUAUUUGCAAAUUACGACUCUGAAGGAAGACCGGUUUUGAACCUGUCAAAACCCGUUCUGGUUAAGUUUGGACUGGCUUACAGCAAUCUUCACAGUUUGGAUGAAAAGAAUCAAGUUUUAACAAGUAACGUUUGGAUAAGACAGCAAUGGCAUGACCCGUGGCUAGUAUGGAAUCCUUCAAGUUACAGUGGUCUCAGCUCCAUCAACAUAAGUCCUAACCUAGUGUGGAAACCAGACAUUGUCCUACACAACAAUGUUAACGAGGAAGGCGAUCACGGUGAACAGUAUCUGUUUGACACCAAGGUCAUCAUCAGCCAUGACGGUACGGUCACGUGGCUGUCCCCCAACCUAAUCAAGAGCUCUUGCAAAAUAAACGUCAAGUAUUUCCCUUGGGACAUGCAGACUUGCCAGCUGAAGUUCGGCUCGUGGACGUUCAAUGGAUUCAAACUUGACCUUGCCUUCUACAACGACCUGCCAGGUGCAGACCUUAGCACUUUCACGAAAAAUGGUGAAUGGGAUCUGUUGUCAGCCGAUGCAACGAGGAACGAGGUGUUUUACGGGUGUUGUCCCGAGCCAUACCCUGAUCUAACUUUCGAAAUAAGGAUUAAGCGGCGCACCUUGUUCUAUGUCAACAACUUGGUUGUCCCUUGCAUUGUCCUGGCGCUUCUGACAGCCACGGCUUUUCUAUUUCCGCCGGAAACGGGCGAGCGGAUCUCUCUUAUGAUCACCAUUCUGUUGGGUAUGACUGUGUUUAUGAUUGUCGUGAUUGAAACCAUACCGUCGACCUCAGAGGUGACUCCUCUCAUCAGUACGUACUUCUCCGUGGUCAUGAUCGAGGUCUCGCUGGGUCUCCUCUGCACCUGUAUCAGUCUCAAUAUCGAACAUCAUCAUCCCAAAAUGCAGCUCACUGGUUGGUUUCGUUAUGUCCUGUUCGAGGUACUGGGGCCCAUUUUGAGCUGUGGCUCUGUCAAGCGACUGAAAAGAAAACAGCUCAAAAAUAAAGAAAUGAAAACAGGAGAUUACCACGUGAAACAAAACCAAGUCAUGCCAGAGGAGGACAAAGUCACUGUGACGGACGUAACUUCCACGGGGGACGUUAGGAACUGUGCUAACACGGGAGAGAAGGAAAUGAAAGUCGCGGGCAUGGACAAAGUGUCCAUGUUUAUCGAUCGAGCCUUGGCAGAAGACAAAAGGAAACUGGAGUGGCACGUUGCGGUGAACAUUAUUGAUAACUUCUUCUUCGUUCUCUUUGUUGUAACUAUCCUUAUUUCCUCGCUGGUGAUUCUAGUUCAACCGAAAGUAGAAGCUGAAAGCUGAAAGCUGAUUGGUUAUUUAUCAGGCGGGUCUGGCAAAUUGGCUGAAUAAAGUGCAUUGAGACACCGUGCGACAGUUAAGCACAUCACCAGUAUUACUUGGUUGUUGACUUGGUCGUGUUCAUUUGAAACGUUUUCCGUUCACACGUUAUUGCCCGCCGAAAUGUCUCCCGCGUUUUCGCUGCGUGUUGUUGAUUGGUUUGGAUGCUGUUAACACGUCCUUUUUUUGGCUUUGUGUUUGCUUUUCACGUCAACACAACAAGCCGCCAUUUUUGACAAUCUCCUUCUUCCCCCAGCAUUAGUGUAAGAAACCGCCUACCUUCACGUCGCCCCCAGGGGAUUACUUCGCUCCUCCUCCUUCUCAAAGAAGAAAGGGCCUAUCUUGAACGCCCCUACCCCAUUCCCCUCCC